UCAUCUGAACGUUACCACGUACGUCCGUACGGCGGUGAGGGUGUGGACGUCCCACCGCAUUCACUCUGCUGGAGACAACAUAACGUCGCUAAUAACUUCUCACCAAAUUACUCAACAACAGGCGUUUGUACCCGAGUUUAAGACAGCUCUCGCUGACAUCUUCAAAGUGCUUGUUUUUGUCUGACCACUGGCCCCAAACUCCCCAAAGUAAUUCAGCUAAGUUUGACACAAGAGAGAGAAAAGCAGUAAAUCCUCAAAACUGAGAAACGAGAACCAGAGGUGCUGCUGAGCUAACUCUGAAGGCGUCACUCGUAAUCCCAGAUGAGGGACUGAUGCUGAACCCCUCGGGUCGCCUCUCUCGUCUGUCCCACUUCAGUUCUGCCUCUGCUCUGACGGGCGAAACCUUAAGAGAAGCAGAGUCCACCAGCCAACAUGGACGAUAUCUUCACGCAGUGCCGCGAAGGCAAUGCGGUGGCAGUUCGCUUAUGGUUGGACAACACGGAGAAUGACCUCAAUCAAGGAGACGACCACGGCUUCAGCCCUCUCCACUGGGCAUGCAGGGAGGGCCGCUCCAGCGUGGUGGACAUGCUCAUCAUGAGAGGGGCUCGCAUUAACGUCAUGAACCGGGGGGACGACACGCCUCUGCACCUGGCCUCCAGCCACGGACACCGCGACAUUGAGGGAAAGCUGAUCCAGUGCAAAGCAGACACUAAUGCAGCUAAUGAACACGGGAACACACCACUGCAUUAUGCCUGCUUCUGGGGCCAGGACCUCGUGGCUGAGGACCUUGUGACUAAUGGGGCUCAGGUGAGCAUCUGUAACAAAUAUGGGGAAACCCCUCUGGACAAAGCCAAACCUCACCUUCGUGAACUCCUCAGAGAAAAGGCUGAGAAAAUGGGACAGAACUUGGCUAAAAUUCCCUUCAAGGACACGUUCUGGAAAGGCACCACCCGAACUCGACCCCGCAACGGCACUUUGAACAAACAUGCCGGCGUUGACUACAAACAGCUCUCUCUCCUGGCUAAAAUAAAUGAGAACCAGUCCGGAGAGCUGUGGCAAGGGCGCUGGCAAGGAAAUGAGAUUGUUGUUAAGGUGCUAAAAGUUCGUGACUGGACCACAAGGAAAAGCAGAGAUUUCAAUGAGGAAUGUCCCAAACUCAGGAUAUUCUCCCACCCGAAUGUCCUACCCAUGUUGGGAGCAUGUCAGUCUCCUCCUGCCCCUCACCCCAUCAUCAUCACACACUGGAUGCCUUAUGGCUCCCUCUACAACGUGCUGCAUGAAGGCACCAACUUCGUGGUGGACCAGACACAGGCGGUGAAGUUUGCGCUGGACAUUGCUUGUGGAAUGGCCUUCUUACACACACUUGAACCCAUGAUCCCUCGCCACUAUCUCAACAGCAAGAGUGUUAUGAUCGAUGAAGACAUGACAGCCAGGAUCAGCAUGGCAGAUGUCAAGUUCUCCUUCCAGUGUCCUGGCAGGAUGUACUCGCCUGCAUGGGUAGCCCCCGAGGCCCUGCAGAAGAAGCCAGAAGAGAUCAACCGCCGGUCAGCAGACAUGUGGAGCUUUGCUAUCCUGCUGUGGGAGCUGGUGACCAGAGAAGUGCCGUACGCUGACCUCUCCAACAUGGAAAUAGGCAUGAAGGUUGCCUUGGAGGGUCUCAGGCCCACCAUCCCCCCCGGCAUUUCGCCCCACAUUUGCAAGCUCAUGAAGAUAUGCAUGAACGAGGACCCGGCAAAGAGGCCUAAAUUUGACAUGAUUGUGCCGAUUCUGGAAAAAAUGCAGGACAAGUGAAAGACCUCCUCCGCCCUCCUGUUCUGAAGCGUUGACUUCGGGGAACUCUUCCCCUAAAGUAUCCCUUUGAUGUGGUGGUGUGGUGCUUACCAGUAUUGCCUUAAACUCUUACUCUACUGCUGCAUUCAAUGCCACUGUAGCUUCUGAGAUGAAUUCAGCAGCAGUCACGCCUUUUUACCUUUUUUUUUUUUUUUUUUUUUCUUCUUUUUUUUUUUUCCCCCAAAGUGUUGCAAGUUUUUAUUAGCGUCUUCAUCUUUGUCACUGUCUGCCGAUGCUGCUCUUCUUAUAAACUGUAAUCAUGUGGACUGAGUACAAUCAUCUUCGAUCUGCUAGACUGAACAACCUGUGAAGGUCAGCAUGGCAGUGGAUUUAAGGCCUUAUAUUUCUUAACUACAGUCGGCUGGCUAUUGAAAACAAGUCACCCUGCAAGGAAACUGCUCCUCUAUAAUGUUGGCUCUCUAUAAAACAAAUAACAUAUUAACUCAAAGCUUGUCUUGUGGGGGAAAGAACUGUGUGUAACUGGGCUAGCAUGACAAAUGUCUGAAACCAAGCAUUUAAACACACUUUUUUCUUAAUCCUAAAUGUUAUGUAUGAGUGGUGCCUGUGGGAGUACUGAGCAGUGUUGUCCCUUACAGCUUGGCUGUGUAGUGAUGUGCAGAGCUUCACCUGCUGAGAAUGAUGUAACACUGGCCAUAGAAGCUUUAUUCCCGGUGCAGCAAAAAAUGUCAGUGUUGAUCUUUGCAAUGUUGGGAUUAUUUUUCUAAAUUGCAUUGCAAGAUUGCUGAUUUACUCUUGUUUAAAUUACUCAAAUAAUUGAAUGUAAUCUAGUUUAUUUUCAUUACUUUCCCUUCAAAAUCUCAAUGUAACAGUUUUUUUUAUGAUGAAAUGAUGUACUUUCCUACAAAAGGAGUACGUAUUCUCCUUUUCAAGACGUCUAAAGGUGUUAAAAUCAUGUUUUCAUGUUGAAUACUGGCAACAUAAUCCAACAUUCAAUACUUUGUUUUCCUUGUAACACUGCAACCCAGACUGUAAUUUAUUCAUGGAUUCCACAGGUACAGUUAUUUGUUGUUUUGUUGUUGAGCAUGUGGGCUGCCUUUCCUCCCACGUUCACGGCUACAUCAGAAGCAGCUGUGAACAGAAGGUGACCGAGACAUUAAGGGCUGCUGUUAACAUCCUGCAAACUGUCGUAAUGUUUUCUCACUUGCUCUGAUCGUUUUGGUCCUCUAGUCUAGAUUACUUCAGACUUUGUCUCAAUCUCACGGGUUGUUUCUUCUACCUGCGUGUUGUCUCUGUGCUGCCGCCAGCUUGCUUGUUUGUGCUGAAUCACUGGUUGAAACCAAAAUCAAGAAUGACUUAUACAAAUGUAUGUAUUUAUAUAUAAGUAUAUUAAAAAGGAAUCAUAUUG